GCUCUGCCUGUGGCCCUACCUCACCGGGGAAGACACCCGCGCUGGAGCCUGUAGGAUAGGGAAGAAGUGUGGGUUCCGAGGGCCGCGUCGGGACACGUAAGUUUGCACGGUUGUCGCCCUACAGGCAGCGCCGGAAGCGCUGCAGUUUGACGCCCGCGCCCCUCCGUUUUCGAAGGGGCAACGCUCUUCCUCCGGACCUGCUCCGCCUCAGCUUCUCGCCCCUCCUCCCGAGGCCGAAGCCCCCAGCCUAGGUGGGGCGGCGCAGCCUGAGCUCCCGGACCCGGAAGAAGCGCCAUUCCCCGCCUCCAUGGAGCCCAGCGCGCUGUCCCUCACCGAGGAGGACCUGACUGAAGUGAAGAAGGACGCUUUAGAAAACUUGCGUGUAUAUUUGUGUGAAAAAAUCAUAGCUGAGAGACAUUUUGAUCAUCUACGUGCAAAAAAAAUACUCAGUAGGGAAGACACUGAAGAAAUUUCUUGCCGAACAUCAAGUAGAAAAAGGGCUGGAAAAUUACUAGACUACUUACAAGAAAACCCCAAAGGACUAGAUACCCUUGUUGAAUCUAUUCGGCGAGAAAAAACACAGAACUUCCUGAUACAGAAGAUUACAGAUGAAGUGCUGAAACUUCGAAAUAUAAAACUAGAACAUCUAAAAGGACUAAAAUGUAGCAACUGUGAGCCUUUUCCAGAUGGAGCCACAAACAGCAUCUCUCGAUCAAAUUCAGAUGAGAGUAAUUUCUCUGAAAAACGGAGAGCGUCCACUAUCAUGUACCAUCCAGAAGGAGAAUCCAGCACAGCCCCCUUUUUUUCUACUGAUUCAUCUCUGAAUUUGCCUGUUCUAGAAGUAGGCAAAGCUGAAAAUCCCACCUUCUCUUCAACUACACUUCCCAGACCUGGGGACCCCGGGGCUCCUCCUCUGCCCCCAGAGCUGCAGUUAGAAGGAACUUGUGGAAACUCUAGUGAGAUGUUUCUCCCCCUAAGAUCACGUGCCCUUUCACGGCAAUGACAGUUCACAACCUCUUAAUGUUUUUAGUAAGACUAAUAUUUGAAAAUAUAUGAAUCUUCUUACAAAACUGCUAUAAUGACUUAUUAACACCAAUACAUGUCUUUUAAAAUGCAAUAUAAGCACACUUUGUAAAUAGACUUUUUUGGGGGAAAAGCAGCAUAUUUUUAGAUAGCUAAAGUAAACCAUGUGGAUCAUGUACUUUUCAGAAUUUUGUAUUUUUUUAAUAGUUUAUUUUUUAUUGUAUUUUUUUCCAGUACCAUUUAAUUCCCCUAAUACCCUCUUUGAGGUAUUUGGUGUUUUCACAUUUUUUAUGUUUUAAGACCAAUUUUAAUAGGGAGCAUUUCUCUAUUUGGUAAGGGAGUCUUAGGCUGGAAGUGAUGUUGUUUCUCAGUGCAUUUGUGCUAGAAAUUUUCACAGUCUAACAGUCCUUUCCAUCCAUCCAACAGUAAAUUUUCAGGAUUAAGCUGUUUGUAAUUGGUAAUAAAGCCAAUCACUGAUGGGGAGAAAAAUACCAGUGUACCAAAAAAAUCUUUCCUGCUCAGUUUGGCUUACAGACACUUACAGAGUCCCCUUCUGAUGCGGAGGAACAUCUGACUAGUUUGAGCCACCUCAGAUCUCAAUUAGCCAAAAUACAUUUAUUAACCUUACUAAUCCAUGCUACUUUCUUGAGAUUUUCACAUUCUUCUCUUUAGUAUUUUCACUCCAAAAGAAAAAUCUUUACAAAAACCUGUUAUUACCUGUAAUUUGGUGAAAUUCUUAAAAAUACUUUUUCUGUACUGUCUACUCUCUUUUAUUGAGAACCACUGUACAAGUUUAAAUAACUAGCACAAGAUGUUUUUUUCUAUGUGGGUAUGUGACAGUCUGUUUUAUAUACUACUUGGAACAAAUAGGCCAUAAGUUUUGUUAUAUCACAAAGUUUUACUAAAUUUAUGCAUUUAUAAAUUAGGUGCUCAUUGUGUCCAUUUAAAGUAUAAUUCUAUCUAUACUUGAAAAAAGCAGAGAUGGAAACAUGCUAUUAACAAUAAAAAUUUUUGAAUUGUGCUAUAUUU